CUCCAUACCUGAACACCUCCUGAGAACACUUCCGGCUUAUGCACGGCUGGCUAUGUACUGCUAAAGUAAUCUUUGAGGUGUAGGACGAGGUAGCAUAUUUCACCUGAGUGAGUUGUAAACUUGAUCAAAACCUUGUCUUGAAAGAAAUGAAGAGGAGACUUCUGCUGGUGUCCAACUCAACCCUGCACGGGGGAGGGUAUCUGGAACAUUGUCAACAGCAGAUCAAAGACUUUUUCGGACAGUAAGUUCUAUUUCCAUUGACUAACACUCACCUUCAAAGUCCCUGGACUACUCUAAACAUCAACCCCUAACGGCUAUGGAAGGAAUGCUGUUGUACUGUACACUUACAAUCUGACUCUCCUUUACUAUAACUACUUAUACAUGUCUAACUACUUCUACAUGUCUAUAACUACUUAUACAUGUCUAUAACUACUUAUACAUGUCUAUAACUACUUAUACAUGUAUGUAACUACUUAUACAUGUCUAUAACUACUUAUACAUGUAUGUAACUACUUAUACAUGUCUAACUACUUAUACAUGUCUAUAACUACUUAUACAUGUCUAUAACUACUUAUACAUGUAUAUAAUUACUUAUACAUGUCUAUAACUACUUAUACAUGUCUAACUACUUAUACAUGUCUAUAACUACUUAUACAUGUCUAACUACUUAUACAUGUCUGUAACUACUUAUACAUGUCUAACUACUUAUACAUGUCUAUAACUACUUAUACAUGUCUAUAACUACUUAUACAUGUCUAUAACUACUUAUACAUGUCUAUAACUACUACUUAUACAUGUCUAUAACUACUUAUACAUGUCUAUAACUACUUAUACAUGUAUAUAACUACUUAUACAUGUCUAACUACUUAUACAUGUCUAUAACUACUUAUACAUGUCUGUAACUACUUAUACAUGUCUAACUACUUAUACAUGUCUGUAACUACUUAUACAUGUCUAUAACUACUUAUACAUGCCUAUAACUACUUAUACAUGUCUAUAACUACUUAUACAUGUCUAUAACUACUUAUACAUGUCUAACUACUUAUACAUGUCUAUAACUACUUAUACAUGUCUAUAACUACUUAUACAUGUCUAACUACUUAUACAUGUCUAUAACUACUUAUACAUGUAUAUAACUACUUAUACAUGUCUAUAACUACUACUUAUACAUGUCUGUAACUACUUAUACAUGUCUGUAACUACUUAUACAUGUCUAUAACUACUUAUACAUGUCUAACUACUUAUACAUGUCUAUAACUACUUAUACAUGUCUAUAACUACUUAUACAUGUCUAUAACUACUUAUACAUGUCUAUAACUACUUAUACAUGUCUGUAACUACUUAUACAUGUCUAUAACUACUUAUACAUGUAUAUAACUACUUAUACAUGUCUAUAACUACUUAUACAUGUCUGUAACUACUUAUACAUGUCUAUAACUACUUAUACAUGUCUAUAACUACUUAUACAUGUCUAUAACUACUUAUACAUGUCUAUAACUACUUAUACAUGUCUAUAACUACUUAUACAUGUCUAUAACUACUUAUACAUGUCUGUAACUACUUAUACAUGUCUAUAACUACUUAUACAUGUAUAUAACUACUUAUACAUGUCUAUAACUACUUAUACAUGUCUAUAACUACUUAUACAUGUCUAACUACUUAUACAUGUCUAUAACUACUUAUACAUGUCUAACUACUUAUACAUGUCUAUAACUACUUAUACAUGUCUAUAACUACUUAUACAUGUAUAUAACUACUUAUACAUGUCUAUAACUACUUAUACAUGUCUAUAACUACUUAUACAUGUCUAACUACUUAUACAUGUCUAUAACUAAUUAUACAUGUCUAACUACUUAUACAUGUCUAUAACUACUACUUAUACAUGUCUGUAACUACUUAUACAUGUCUAUAACUACUUAUACAUGUCUAUAACUACUGCACUCAAUGAAUUAGUGGAAAUAGAUAUGGGAGGAAAGGCUAUCUUCACAGUUAAUUCAUCCUAAUGGUAGAUAUAAUGAAACAGUGUAAUGGUAGAUAUUACCUAACAGUGUAAUGGUAGAUACACUAUAUAUACAAAAGUAUGUGGACACCCCUUCAAAUUAGUGAAUUUGGUUAUUUCAGCCACACCUGUUGCUGACAGGUGUAUAACAUUGAGCACACAGCCAUGGAAUCUCUGUAGACAAACAUUGGCAGUAGAAUGGCCUUACUGAAGAGCUCAGUGACUUUCAGCGUGGCACCGUCAUAGGAUGCCACCUUUUCAACAAGUCAGUUCAUAAAAUUUCUGCCCUGCUAGAGCUGCCCUGGUCAACUGUAAGUGCUGUUAGUUCCAGCGAAGGGAAAUCUUAACGCUACAGCAUACAAUGACAUUCUAGAUGAUUCUGUGCUUCCAACUUUGUGGCAACAGUUUGGGGAAGGCCCUUUCCUGUUUCAGCAUGACAAUGCCCCUGUGCACAAAGCGACGUCCAUACAGAAAUGGUUUGUUGAGAUUGGUGUAGAAGAACUUGACUGGCCUGCACAGAGCCCUGACCUCAACCCCGUCUAACACCUUUGGGAUGAAUUGGAACGCUGACUGCGAGCCAGGCCUAAUCGCCCAAAAUCAGUGCCUGACCUCACUAAUGCUCUUCUGGCUGAAUGGAAGCAAGUCCCCGCAGCAAUAUUCCAACAUCUAGUGGGAAGGCUUCCCAGAAGAGUGGAGGCUGUUAUAGCAGCAAAGGAGGGACUAACUCCAUAAUAAUGCCCGUGAUUUUGGAAUGAGAUGCUCAAUGAGCAGUUGUCCACAUUAUUUUGGUCAUGUAGUAUAUAUUACCUAACAGUGUAAUGGUAGAUAUUACCUAACAAUGUAAUGGUAGAUAUUACCUAACAGUCUAAUGGUAGAUAUUACCUAACAUUGUAAUGGUAGAUAUUACCUAACAGUGUAAUGCACACUGAGUAUACAAAACAUUAAGACCACCUGCUCAUUCCAUUCCAUAGACUGACCAGGUGAAUCCAGGUGAAAGCUGUGAUCCCUUAUUGAUGUGGCUUGGUAAAUCCACUUCAAUCAGUGUAGAUGAAGGGGGAGGAGACAGGUUAAAGAAAUAUUUUUUUAAGCCUUCAGACAAUUGAGACAUGGAAUGCGUAUGUGUGCCAUUCAGAGGGUGAAUGGGCAAGACAAAAGAUUUAGGUGCCAGGCGCACCGAUUUGUUUCAAGAACUGCAACGCUGCUGGGGUUACAACGCAAUACUAGGAAGGUGUUUCUAAUGUUUGGUGUACUCGGUGUAUAACCUAACAGUGUAAUGUAUUUCUUGCAGAGGUGUGAAGACGAUCCUAUUCGUCCCCUAUGCACUGUCUGAUAGAGAUGGCUACGCAAAGACUGCCAGGGACAAGUUCAAGAGUCUGGGUACGUCUUUUACAGCGGUCCGUUCCCUUUCAUAGGCCUAAUGCUGUGUGUCUGUAGUGACUCAGGUCCAAUCCCAAAUCAAUCCCUGGACCCUAAUGCUCUUAUGCUCUUGUGGAGAUCUGAGAGGGCUUGAUUGUUACGAGCACAUUUUGUUUACACUUGUCAAACCCCUUGUUUACACUUGUUAUCAGGUGCAGUGGGGCGUAGGGACUAGUCCAGGGUUCUUCAAUUCCGGUCCUGGAGGGCCGAAAAACACUUCUGUUUUUAAUUUCUACCUGGUAGUUAAUUGCACUCACCUGGUGUCCCAGGUCUGAAUUAGCCCCUGAUUAGAAGGAGAGGAUGAAAAACAGAGGUGUUUCGGCCCUCCAGGACCGGAAUUGAAGAACCCUGGACUAGGGGGGUCGAUGUGAGACAGGAUAUCAGUUGUCUAAUGUGAGUGUUGUCUGUCUGUCUGUCUGUCUGACAGGUUAUGAGGUGGACAGCAUACACGAGUCCUCUGACCCAGUGGAAGCAGUAAGGAAGGCUCAGGGUAUAUUUAUAGGUGAGGAGUGGACCGUGAGCUCAUACGUUAGCACCUCAUAGGCCUCUCCAAUAUACCUACCAUAGGCCUACAUACAGUGAGGGGAAAAAAGUAUUUGAUCCCCUGCUGAUUUUGUAAGUUUGCCCACUGACAAAGAAAUGAUCAGUCUAUAAUUUUAAUGGUAGGUUUAUUUGAACAGUGAGAGACAGAAUAACAACAACAAAAAUCCAGAAAAAUGCAUGUCAAAAAUGUUAUAAAUGAAUUUGCAUUUUAAUGAGGGAAAUAAGUAUUUGACCCCCUCUCAAUCAGAAAGAUUUCUGGCUCCCAGGUGUCUUUUAUACAGGUAACGAGCUGAGAAUAGGAGCACACUCUUAAAGGGAGUGCUCCUAAUCUCAGCUUGUUACCUGUAUAAAAGACACCUUUCCACAGAAGCAAUCAAUCAAUCAGAUUCCAAACUCUUCACCAUGGCCAAGACCAAAGAGCUCUCCAAGGAUGUCAGGGACAAGAUUGUAGACCUACACAAGGCUGGAAUGGGCUACAAGACCAUCGCCAAGCAGCUUGGUGAGAAGGUGACAACAGUUGGUGCGAUUAUUCGCAAAUGGAAGAAACACAAAAGACCUGUCAAUCUCCCUGGGCCUGGGGCUCCAUGCAAGAUCUCACCUCGUGGAGUUGCAAUGAUCAUGAGAACGGUGAGGAAUCAGCCCAUAACUACACGGGAGGAUCUUGUCAAUGAUCUCAAGGCAACUGGGACCAUAGUCACCAAGAAAACAAUUGGUAACACACUACGCCGUGAAGGACUGAAAUCCUGCAGCGCCUGCAAGGUCCCCCUGCUCAAGAAAGCACAUAUACAGGCCCGUCUGAAGUUUGCCAAUGAACAUCUGAAUGAUUCAGAGGAGAACUGGGAGAAAGUGUUGUGGUCAGAUGAGACCAAAAUGGAGCUCUUUGGCAUCAACUCAACUCGCCGUGUUUGGAGGAGGAGGAAUGCUGCCUAUGACCCCAAGAACACCAUCCCCACCGUCAAACAUGGAGGUGGAAACAUUAUGCUAAGGGGGUGUUUUUCUGCUAAGGGGACAGGACAACUUCACCACAUCAAAGGGACGAUGGACGGGGCCAUGUACCGUCAAAUCUUGGGUGAGAACCUCCUUCCCUCAGCCAGGGCAUUGAAAAUGGGUCGUGGAUGGGUAUUCCAGCAUGACAAUGACCGAAAACACACGGCCAAGGCAACAAAGGAGUGGCUCAAGAAGAAGCACAUUAAGGUCCUGGAGUGGCCUAGCCAGUCUCCAGACCUUAAUCCCAUAGAAAAUCUGUGGAGGGAGCUGAAGGUUCGAGUUGCCAAACGUCAGCCUCGAAACCUUAAUGAGUUGGAGAAGAUCUGCAAAGAGGAGUGGGACAAAAUCCCUCCUAAGAUGUGUGCAAACCUGGUGGCCAACUACAAGAAACGUCUGACCUCUGUGAUUGCCAACAAGGGUUUUGCCACCAAGUACUAAGUCAUGUUUUGCAGAGGGGUCAAAUACUUAUUUAUAAAAUAAUAAUAAUAUGCCAUUUAGCAGACGCUUUUAUCCAAAGCGACUUACAGUCAUGUGUGCAUACAUUUUUACGUAUGGGUGGUCCCGGGGAUCGAACCCACUACCCUGGCGUUACAAGCGCCAUGCUCUACCAAUUGAGCUACAGAGGACCUCAUUAAAAUGCAAAUCAAUGUAUAACAUUUUUGACAUGCAAUUUUCUGGAUUUUGUUGUUGUUAUUCUGUCUCUCACUGUUCAAAUAAACCUACCAUUAAAAUUAUAGACUGAUCAUGUCUUUGUCAGUGGGCAAACGUACAAAAUCAGCAGGGGAUCAAAUACUUUUUUCCCUCACUGUAGGCAUCAUUUGAAGGAAUGCUAUUGUACGAGUGUACUGCAAGAGUUAAUGUAUUCUACUACACACCGGUACACAGAUUGACUACAUGUUAAGAAGUCAUCAGGAUCGUGUACAGUAUAGUAAAGUCAUAACAGCUUGCUGUUCUCUCAACAGGUGGUGGCAACACUUUCCGUCUGCUGAAAAGUCUCUACGACAACAAGGUGCUGUCUGAGAUCAACAAGAGGGUCCUGCAGGUCAGACUGAUAUUUUUAGAGCAGUGUUCUCCAAAAACCUCUCCUCGGGUUGCACAGCUGUUCCCACUAUGAUAGCCUAUAUUCCAGAAGUAGCACACCUGAAUGGCUGUGGGUACUCUAGUAGUUUUGGGAAACAUUGUGCUAGAUGAAACAAUAUUUACAGUUGAUGCCUGCAUGUACAAAUAUUGUUCAUACUGUCAGCUGAUAUAGCCCAUAGAGAGAGUCUAUAGAGAGAGCCCAUAGAGAGAGCCCAUAUAUAUAGCCCAUAGAGAGAGCCCAUAGAUAUAGCCCAUAGAGAUAGCCCAUAGAGAGAGCCAAUAGUGAGAGCCAAUAGAGAUAGCCCAUAGAGAUAGCCCAUAGAUAUAGCCCAUAGAGAGAGCCCAUAGAGAGAUCCAAUAUAUAUAGCCCAUAGAGAGAGCCCAUAGAGAGAUCCAAUAGAUAUAGCCCAUAGAGAGAGCCCAUAGAGAGAGCCCAUAGAGAGAUCCAAUAUAUAUAGCCAAUAGAUAGAGCCCAUACCCUUACCCUACAGUAACCCUAACCCUCUCUCUUAUAUCUCCAGGAUGGUGUGCCCUACAUGGGCUCCAGUGCUGGCACCAACGUCGCUACUGUCAGCAUCAACACCACCAACGACAUGCCCAUCGUGUACCCGCCCUCCUUCACUGCCAUUGGUCUAGUGCCUUUCAACAUCAACCCUCACUUCCUGGAUACGGACCCUAACAGCAGACACAUGGGGGUGAGUAGUACAUUAUAGCAGAGCAUCGGUACAGUAUAGCGAAUGCUGAAGGGCUGGUUUCUCUGACUAAUGUUCAAUGGUUAUGCUCAAUGUAGAAUCUCUAUUGAAAACGUUUUUUUUUUAAGUCUGGGACUAGGUUAAUCUGUGUCUGGGAACCUUGCCCGUGGUGUCCUACAGAAUGUGUGAGGCUAAAACGUCACAAAGUCUUUGAUUUCUUCUCCCCAGGAGACACGAGAGCAGAGGAUCAUUCAGUACCACGAGGAGCCUGACACGCCAUCUGUUCUGGUGAGUCUGAGAGAAAUAAAGAUUUUAUUCCAAGUUGACUUACUUUAUCUGUUUACAUGGUAUUAGGAUAUGCUUUCAUGAAAUCCCCGAUUGUUGAUCGUCUUAGGGCUUGAGAGAGGGCUCCAUGUUGCUAGUCGAAGGGAACAAGGCUACGCUACUUGGCACCUGCAAGGCACGGCUGUUCAUCAGGUAACACAUUUUACACAUUUAGUCAUUUAGCAGACGCUCUUAUCCAGAGCGACUUACAUGAGCAAUUAGGGUUAAGUGCCUUGCUCAAGGGGCACAUCGACAGAUUUUCCACCUAGUCGGCACGGGGAUUAGAACCAGCGACCUUUCGGUUACUGGCACGACGCUCUUAACCACUAAGCUACCUGCUGCCAAUUAUCUCUCUCACACCGGCCUGUGACCCCAUAUCAUGACCCUGACCCAAUAUAGCUCUAGUGAACAAAACAAGUUUAACAGAUCAAACAAAGUAUUGAACACAAUAAAGCAGGCUAAAAUGUAUAUUUUAUAGUUGUGUGUGUUUGCCUAACGCUGGUAAAUAACUAGGGGCCGGUGAUUUGACGAGUCUGUCUGUCUCACAGCCGGUGUUUUGGGUUUCAGGGGGAAGCCAACAACAGAAUUUGAAUCUGGCAGUGACCUCAGUUUCUUGCUGACAGAAUGACAGUGACAGACAGGAAAAGAGGACGUUGUCCAUCUCCGUUCUCCUUCUCCCAGCAAGACCGAUCCAGAUCCUGUCAAGUGGAAAUGCACUUACCGGUAUAUGAUAUAUAUCGAAAUAAAUAUUUUACCAAAAAA